CUGCGGAGAGGACUUGUGGAGGCGAGCGGGCACACACACACUAACACACACACACACUCACUCUCCUCCCUCUCUCCCACACUCACUCACUCCCACACUCGCCCACACACUCCCAGAAGCGCUGGUGUGUGCGCGCCUUGCUCUUAAUCCCGGCUUUUCCGCCUGUUUCCCUUCUCUCUCUCUCUCUCUCUCUCUCUCUCUCUCUCCCUCUGCUUUCCUUCCUUCCUUCCUUGCUGUCCUUGAAAGCCACCCAGGUGGAAAGAAAGCAACGGAAAGAGAGAAGGAAGGAAGGAGAGAAAGAAGAGCAAGAGGCAGAAAGAGAGAAGCAGGGCGCCCCCUCUUUCCUUCCUCUUUCCUUCCUCCCCUUCUUCCCCUCCCAGGUGAGGAGAUGCGGACGGGGGUCUCUCCGGAUGCCCCAGCUAGCCCCUCUUCCUCUUCCUCCUCCUCCUCCUCCUUUCCUCCUUCUUCUCCUUCUCCUCCUCUCCUCCUCCUCCUCCUCCUCUUCCUCCUCCUUCCUGCAGCUGAUGGCGAGGAGGCGACGCGGCGGCCAAGAGAAGAAGGAGAAGAAGGAGGAGAAGAAGCAUCAGGAGGAGCAGCGCCAGGAGGGUCGCCUCUGAAGGGACGCGCAGCGCCGGGACCCCCUCCUCCUCCUCCUCCUCACCCGAGACCCCGGCCCCCGCCAUCCACGGUCGGAGGCGCCUUCGGAUGCGGGGAGAGCCCUCGAGCCCGGAGCGAUGGGAGAGUGGACCAUUUUGGAAAGGCUGCUGGAGGCUGCGGUGCAACAGCAUUCGACGAUGAUAGGGAGGAUCCUGCUGACGGUGGUGGUGAUCUUCCGCAUCUUGAUCGUGGCCAUUGUGGGCGAGACUGUUUACGAGGACGAGCAGACCAUGUUCAUGUGUAACACGUUGCAGCCCGGCUGCAAUCAGGCUUGCUACGACAAGGCCUUCCCCAUCUCACACAUCCGCUACUGGGUCUUCCAGAUCAUCCUGGUGUGCACCCCCAGCCUCUGCUUCAUCACCUAUUCGGUGCACCAGUCGGCCAAGCAGCGGGACCGGCGCUACUCCUUCCUCUACCCACUGCUGGAAAAGGACUGCGCCCGGGAUGGCGGAAAGAAGGUCAAGAACGUCAACGGCAUCUUGGUGCAGAACCCCGACGGCUUGUCCAAGGAGGAACCCGACUGCCUGGAGGUGAAGGAGAUCCCCAGCACCCCCCUACGGCCGCCCAAGAGCUCCAAGGUCAAGCGCCAAGAGGGCAUCUCCCGCUUCUACAUCAUCCAGGUGGUUUUCCGCAAUGCCUUGGAGAUUGGCUUCCUCGCCGGACAGUACUUCCUGUACGGGUUCAACGUGCCGGCCAUCUUCGAAUGUGACCGCUACCCGUGCGUGAAGGAGGUGGAGUGCUACGUCUCCCGCCCCACCGAGAAGACCGUCUUCUUGGUCUUCAUGUUCGCCGUGAGCGGGAUCUGCGUGCUGCUCAACCUGGCCGAGCUCAACCACCUCGGCUGGCGCAAGAUCAAGACGGCCAUCCGGGGGGUGCAGGCCAGGCGGAAAUCCAUCUGCGAGGUGCGCAAGAAGGACCUCUCCUCGCUGGCCCAAGUGCCUACGCUCGGACGGACACAGUCCAGUGAGUCUGCCUAUGUGUGAGUCUGUCUCGGUCCCGUCGGGGAGGGAAACAGGGGUCUCGACAUGCGAGCCUUGUGUUUCGCCCGUGCAAAAAACAAAAAAACCAUUGAGUAACCUACAGAACUGACCACAAUACCUCCCACGUUAACGAUGCAAUAUCCAGCGGGUGCUUUCCACAGCCCCUUCCCUCCGAUAUUUCAGGGGAAGGGGCUUCACAUUCGCUUUAAGGGCUGAUUAGAGAAACGUAGCCCCUCGGGAACCAGCGGAAGAGCAAGGGGAGCACAAUGGGCCUGUUCCCUGUCCCUCCUCUUGCGGCCUGGCUUCUCUUCCAUACUUUACAUACUUAGUCCUACUUAUUAUUAUGGUGCAAGCAAAACAGUGGGGUUCGUGGAAACUUGUGCCUAUGACUCCUUUUUAACGUACCAGGUGAUGCAAAUGCAUGAAGCAGCAAGGUGGCUUUUGGUGGCGGGGUGGGAGGACGGGGGGGGAUCUUUCGCUUGGUGGGAUGUAUAUUUUUUUUCCGCCUUUGCGGGGGAAAAAAAAACAAGCCGACGAUGGGGAGACGAGAUGAGACGUGGCUCUCCCUGAACUUGCACGACUGGCGUUCUCUGUGCUGCUGCUGCCAUGUAAAUAUUUAACAAGAAUUUUUUUUUUAAAAAAAGAGAAAAACCAAAAAAUCAGUAAUUAUGCAAUAAAAAGGAAUGUUUUGUUCA